AUGAAAGUUGAUGAGGUUAUUGAAGAUAUGCUAAAAAACAAGCACACUUGGGUCCGUAUACCGAGUGUCAUAUCUCCACCUGUAAAUUGUUUAGAGACAUAUGAAUCUGUCAACGAGAGUACUGUUACCAUUCGAUCCACUGGCUUAUUUGCGAGUAAUUUAGAAAAAGUGGGGAGGGUUAUAGACAACAUCAAGUUGGUUCAGUUAUUAUUUCCCGAUGUUUUGAUUGAUCGCGUUGAAGGCAAUCGAGUAUACAUAUCAGCCAAGACUUCGAUUGAAGAAAAGAGGAUUAAACUGAGUUAUAUCAAAGAAUGCCAAAAGAGUGAUGACUCCAUUCUCUUUAUUAACGCUGAGUAUGACCCCUCAUAUUGUAUAUACUAUGCAUUUCUCUGUACCAAUAAAAAGAAUGGGGUGGAAGUCAUCACACAGAUCCAACUCGACAAAACAAAGAUCACAAAUAGAACAUACCAAUUUUAUAUUAACCACCAAAGGAAAUUCAUUUAUAACUUCGGGGAGGUUCUGAACUAUAACAAAGAGGGUUUAGUAAUGUUGGAGAUGGAGAGAGACUUUCUGACUCGUGUCGACCAAACUUCUCUCUUCCCUUAUGUGAUCCACUCCAACAAAUGUUUCACGAUGCUUUGCAAUGAAAAAGCCUCAGAAGUGGUCAUAAUAGGAAAAUCAAAGUUUAGAAUUGAUGUUCUCAAGCUUAUCGAAAGCUUAUAUAAUCACAUCGCAAAGUCCCCCAUUUUCUUUGUUUGUAAGACAAUUCGUGAAACAGAGAAACUUCUCUUCCAACACGUUGAAACGACACUUUUUGGUCAAGGCGUGUCCACGUCUGAUAUCGUGUACACAUCCAGAAUAGUCGAAGGAACUAUUUUCACGGCGUGUCGGACAACAAAGCAGAUGUGUACUGAAAAGCACAACGACGAUCAUUUUGAAGUUGUUUUAUGUGCCGAGUCAAUUAACAUUGGAAUAGAUGGGAGUCCCUACUCGGACUUUUAUUAUCAUUUCCGAUGUCCUCAAUUCCAAUUUUUGCCUUUGCCCAUUCGCAAAAGAAAGUUGACAAUUCUGAUGGACGCCAUUUUACUCGAAAGAGUCGGGAUAGAAAAUUUCUCGUCGUUUCAGUUAUGUGGAAUUGACGACAACGAAUUUACACUGUCAAAAAAGAUUCUGCUGUCGUCACUGAUAAUGCAGGCCCAGAUGAUCAAACACAAAUUCAAAGUAAUUGUCCCCCUCGAGAAGUGCCCGCCACAGGGUGUCGGGUUAGACAUCACCAAACUUGACCGGCGGCUUCUCUUCUUAUUCUUGACCCAACUUCCAUUGGCGGAUUUAGUCGCUUUUAUGGCGACGUGUAAACGAUUUUAUUUGAUUGUCAAGAAUGAAGACGAGAUCUGGCAUGGCAUCUAUGACAAGUACUUGAACCCCUAUACAUUCUAUAAAGCAAAUUUGAACUCGACCAUUCGGCUUUCUCCACGAAGCAAUUAUAACUUCUUUGAAAUAGUCAAUGAGCAGAUGAUAAUAAGGCACAAAUGGCAGAACAAAGCACCGUUGAUUAAACAAAGGAUCAAAGUGUAUGAACACCUUCCUGUCGACUUUCUCUUUCCUCGAUUAGUCGACUCAACGUUCUUUGUUGGGACUUCGGAGGGAAGGAUUAAGCGGCUGAGAUACUCUGACUACCAGAGUUACUACGAGUUCUUUUUUAAAGAGAAAAUCCGCGCAGUUGAGACGAAUCACGAAGUCGAGAAGAUGUUAAUUGGAUUUGCCGAUGGGGAGGUCAAAGUGUAUUACAACAAAUUUGACGAAGUGCACAAUGUGACGAAAACGUGUGAAUAUGAUGGGAUGAAAUUCACUGAUUACUGUAACACGAUGAUUGCGUGGAAAAGUGGUGUUGUUGAUUUGUACGACCUUCGUCUGAAAAGUCUUGUGAAUCAGUACAAACACCACGAUGGGAAGAUACUUCAUGCAGAUAAAGUUGCUGAAAAUUUAGUAGUCAGUUCUGGAGUCGAUGGGUGUCUUAUUGGAUAUGACUUGCGAUGUGAUGGCGUUGCUUUUAAAGCGCCGUUAACAAAUAAAACCAUUCAAGUCUUUGACGGGUUUGAUGAGAAUAUUGUGUGUGGUGCUAAAGGGAUGAUAUUGUUGUACGACAUGAGGACUAACAAAUUUGCCGCAUCAAGAAGGCUUACAUUCUCCUAUGUCAAUUGUUUGAAAUGUUAUAAUAGAAGAUUUGUGGUGGGGACUACAGAUAGACUUGUAUUGUCUUAUGAGUGCACUACUAAUUGGAUAGGAAAACAAACUGUUAUAUACCAACAUGAGUCUCCAGUGAGUUGUGUUAGCUUCGACGAUUCAAUGCUUAUGACAGGGUCGACGGAUGGAGUAGUUUAUUAUUCGAACUUUUCUGCUUCUUAUGGAAGCUUGUUUUAA